AUGGCCUUUGUGUACAACAUUAUGAGCCGGAGCUUAAAAGCACUGUUUGUGCCGAUCGGCGACGUCGGCCACAUAAAUACAUGUAUAGGCGCCGCACAACCGCUGAUACGGGCCGGACAUGCGGUCGCUUUCCUGGUCGACAGCUAUUGGGAGGGAAAGCUCCGGGAAUUUGGGAUCGAAGAAUGCAUACUAAACACUCAAACCACAGCUCACACCGAAAACGUGGUGAAAAAUGUGGCCAUUUCUCUGCUAAACAGUGGCGAAGUCGGACCCAACACUUCCAUCCAGAAAGUUAGCGGCAAUUAUCAAUCAGUUUUGUUAGACAAGAUUAUUGCAAGAGACGAACAUCUGGUCACUCUAUUGCCCAAUCUUAAGCCAGAUGUUAUAUUUGGAGAGCUCUAUAGACCCAUUCCGGCCAUUGAGUUAUCGGGUAUACCCUGUGUGUUGAUAUCAGUUGUUAAUCCCGCAGCGAUAUUCGACUACCGCCAUAUUUAUCUGUUAGAAGAUUCUGUCUUGGAAUGUAAAAACGACAAACCCCAUAAAAAAGACUUUCUGGUCACCCUAUAG